GUCAGCUAUCUUUAGCUUUAUCAACUUGUUUGCAAUUCUGACUUUGCCCGCUCCGACCUCUUUCUUAAUAUGCCCGCCGCCGCCGCCUGCUCUGGGCUUCGCUGCCACUCCUGACUGUGCUCGGCGGGGAGUCGGCUAGCCUGAGGUCCCUUUUUGAGCGAGGAUACCUUUGGGGCAGGUGUUGAGAUCACCAGCAUCACCGCCGUGCACGAUCUGGAUUUGCCUCUCUAAUCCGGCUAGCGCCAGCGCGCGCGCAACACGCACACACGGACUGCCCGGGGUGGCGGGUGCAGGUCUCCUUCCUCCCUGCGCGUCACGACCGCUGCUCUUGCAGCUCCGGACCGCUCAGCUUCUGCUCUUUGCACAAACAAGGAAAAGAUAGAACGGAUUUCCUGAAGAAGAGGACCUUCAAUUAAAGAAGAACAUUCAUCCAAAGGGAAGAAUCUCAAGAUUUGUUGAUGGAUUUCAUAUGGAAUAUCAUUUAAUGUGCUGAGAUAAAUAGAAGAACAGGCCACGCACCUUUCUGCUGCUUUUUAAAAUUCAGGUUCAAAUACUAAGAGCUACGUGUGAUAUAUGAAACCUGCAGGAGAUGUUGUAAUGACUGUGAAAUUGCACUGAGGACAGAUCUUGCCCCUUCCAUUUUUUUUGUGAUUACUGCUCUUAGUAUUGUGGUGAUUGAUUAUUUUCUACAGUAAGUGGGCUUGUUGCUUUGUCUGGUUCCUUUGUUAAAAAAAAAAAAAAGAUGUCUGAUCUUGACGCCCAUCAAGAUGCUGGUAUCAAGCCAGGCUUGUUGGAAAAAAGCAACAAUUCCGGUGAUUCUCAGCCCUCAGUCAAUUUGGAAAGGAGGAACAAAAGUGGGAUAAUAAGCGAACCUUUAAACAAAAGUCUUAAGAAGUCUCGACCACUUUCCCAUUACUCUGCUUUUGGUAGCACCAGCUCAUUAAGUGAACAUUCAGAGAAAUGUGCUCCUAUGGCCAACAGCAAUGAGGCAAUCAUGGAAAAAAGCAAUUCUACCUCAAAGCACAAAACCAUCUCUGACAUGUUGAGCAAAUCAGAUAUUUCUUCGGAAGGACAAAACAUCUUGCAACAGUUUGCUCAGUCCACAGAGCUGCUCAAAAGAGUAGUCCAGGAGCACAUCCCCCUGCCUAAUGACCAUGGGACGGGCAUCUCAGACAUGGAAGCUGUCUCAGCUGCUGAAACAAUGAACAACCCAUCUGAUUUUCCUUACCUGGGGGCUUUUCCCAUCAACCCUGGCCUUUUCAUUAUGACCCCUGCUGGUGUAUUUUUGGCAGAAAGUGCACUCCAUAUGGCUGGCUUAGCAGAGUACCCAAUGCAGAAUGAAUUGGCAUCUGCCAUCAAUUCAGGGAAAAAGAAACGAAAACGAUGUGGCAUGUGCCCUCCUUGCAGAAGACGAAUAAACUGUGAGCAGUGCAGCAGUUGUAGGAACCGUAAAACUGGACACCAGAUUUGCAAAUUCCGAAAAUGUGAAGAACUUAAAAAGAAGCCUUCUGCUGCACUGGAGAAAGUGAUGCUUCCUACAGGUGCUGCAUUCCGAUGGUUUCAGUAGGAACAAGAAUCCCAAAGCUCUAUCCUCCAGUGCAAUGUCACUGCUUGCUUGUGUUGUCUCAGGCAAGGAAUUUUUUGACGGAAAUAAAUGGAUGCGCCUAUGUCUCCUUUAGAACCAAAAAUAUUUUCUUGCAGAUUUCAUUCCUGUUUUUUUUUUAAAUAUAAUUUUUGGCAUUUGUUUAACAUCUUUUAAGUACUAGUAAAACAAGCAUUAAUGUUUUCAAAAUAAUUUUUUUAAAGAAUCCAUAAAGUAUCAAGAUGUAAUAGAGUAUGGACAAUCAAUCAAUUUGUUUUCCUGUGUUUUGGUGUUGAUGUUGUUUAUGUGUGGAAGAUGCAGUUCUUGUGUAGAGAAUGUAAAUUUACAGUAACCUUUUAAAUCUAGUUACUAAUAAGCACUACUGUAAUUAGCACAGCAGUUUCUUCAUUUAUCUGAUUGAUUUCCAUCAUUAAAGAAAAAUAGUGUGGCUAGUUUCUAGAAUGCCUCAAUUCAUGUUUAUAAAUGAAAAUAUAUUUAAAAUAAGGUAGUUUCUUUUCCCUAAUUCUACAGAUAAGACAAGGUUUAAUCAGCAAGAUGUCUGGUCUUAAAAAGUGGAAAUAUACUGAAAACUGGCAAUUUUUAAAAGAAAAACAAAAUAAUAAAUUUAGGACAAAUAAAAUUGCAUACUAGAGUAAACACAGAACUAAUUGCAAUUAUUCACUUUUAGAAACCAUUUGGAAAUAUUGCUGGAAUUCCAUUAUAAGCUGUUGCAGAACCUGUGCUGAAAAAAUAUAGAAGUCCUUUUUUAUGUUGAAAACCCUCAUGUCCUGCUUUCUUACCAUCUCUAAUUGAAAGGCUGUUUGUAAUGUUCUAGCAAUUCAAGCUAAGCUGUUUUGUGAAUAAAAAUGAAAGCAUGUUUUGUGUCAUGGUUCACAUCUUCAUUAUUCUGUCCAUCUUGGGUGCAUGCAAGGUUGUUUGGUUGGUUGCUUGGGUGGGGGUACCAAAUCUAAAAUGACCUGUUAUAUGUUGUUUUUUCCUAUAAUGUUUUCCAAUGUUUGCCUUUCUUGGCCUCAAAAAUAUUUAAACUGAGGGGGUUUGAUAAUACU